AUGGCCAAUCGCGCGGGCAACACGCUGUACGUCGCUGGGGCCGCCGCGGCCGAGAUGGGCAAAGAAAAGGGCACACAGGCGCUCGCCGUCGCGUCGGAGGUCGCGGCCGUGGGGCGGGACCGGGUCAAGAGCUCGACGACGUUCCAGAGCGCGAGCGUUGCGGCCACUGCCGGUCGCGACAAAGUCAAGACGUCGCAGGCGUUCCAAGUGGCCUCGUCGGCGGCCGUCGUGGGCAAAGAGAAGGCGUCGACGGCGGCGUCGACGGCAGCGACCGUGGCCAGUGCGGGACGCGUCAAGGCCGUGAGUGCGCUCGUGCUGGCGCGGAACCGCAUCUCUGCGCUCAAGACGGGCGGCGGCGGCGCUGUCUCGGCGCCCACCUCGCCGCAGCCGGCGCAUCUGCCGUCGGCCGAGAAGGAGUUUUACAAGUACGAAAUGUCGGAGGACGAGAAGCACAAGAAGCGCGCGCAGGCGCGACGACGGGCCGAGAAGAACAAACACACUGCGUCGGGGGCGAGUGGGAACAGCGGACGUCGCCACGGGAGCUCGCGACCGGCCGAUGGUGGGGCCACGCGAGCUGCUGCUGCUACUGGCACUGCUGCUGCAGCUGCUGGUGGUGGACCGCGUAGCAAGUCGAGCAGUGAUCGGUCAGGUGGUGCUGGUGGCAGCAGACGACCUGGCAGCGGCAGCAGUAGCAGACGACCGGGACCGAGUGGCAGUAGUAGCAGACGCCAUAAAGGAGAGCGUCCGUGA